AUGGACGUCAAAGAGACAGAAGAGCAACGGCAAAUGCGACGCAUCGCUUUCGUUGCCGUCGUCGUCUCCACUGCCGCUGUUAUUGCUUCAGUUGUGACACUUCCAAUGCUCUACAAUUAUGUACAGUCGUUCCAAUCUCAUCUUAUGGUUGAAACUGACUACUGCAAGGCUCGUUCUCGUGACAUGUGGCUCGAGAUGACUGCUCUUCAAGCUGGAAAGGGAAUGGGACACCGUAUGAAGAGAGCCUGGCUCUUCGGACAAUGGAUCCCAGAAACCUCUGCUGGAGGAGGUGGUUCCGGAAAUGCAGGAGGAAACUACGGAUCUGGAGCUGCUGGAAGUUCCGCCAACACCGCCGGAUACGGAGGUUACGGAGCCGCUGUGAACGCUGAACCAGCUGCUGUUUGCUGUACUUGCAACCAGGGAGCCGCUGGACCACCAGGACCAGAAGGACCACCAGGAAAUGACGGAAAGGACGGAAGAAACGGAAAUGAUGGAAAGAACGGAAGAGACGCCGAGGUUCUUCCUGCACCAGCCUCCGAGCCAUGCAUCAUUUGCCCAGUUGGAGCACCAGGACCAAUGGGAGCCAUGGGACCAAAGGGACCACCAGGACCAAAGGGAUCUCCAGGAGAGCCACCACAAGACGGAAAGUCUGGAGACGACGGAAUGGCUGGACAACCAGGACCAAUUGGAAGACCAGGACGCGACGGAAUGAAGGGAGCGCCAGGAGCCGCUGGACGCCUCAUUCCGGUGCCAGGACCACAAGGACCACCAGGAAAGGCCGGACCAAUCGGACCACCAGGACCGAAAGGAAAUCCAGGACCAGACGGACAAUCAUACCAAGGACCACCAGGACCACCAGGAGAUUCAGGAACUCCAGGACACGAGGGUCGUCCAGGACCAAAUGGACCAGCUGGACCAGCAGGAGACAACGGAGAGAAGGGAGAUUGCGGACAUUGUCCACCACCACGUACCCCACCAGGCUACUAA